AUGGAAACCAAGAAGAAAACGCUUCAGGGGGUCGAAGCAAGCGAGAAUGGUGAAUUUUCGAGUGUUGACCAAUCUGGGGUAAAAUCCUCUGCGGUGCAGAGGAAGAAAAGUAAGAAUAGCGGCAAAGAUGAUGCCAGACCGCAUGUUUGUCCGAUUUGCCAAAGGGCGUUUCGACGUUUAGAGCACCAAACAAGACACAUGAGAACGCACACAGGUGAGAAACCGCACGUUUGCGAUUUCCCCAAUUGUAACAAGCGGUUCAGUCGAAGUGACGAGCUUACGAGACACAGGCGGAUACAUACCAAUCCGCAUCCGAGGGCGAAGCGCGGCAGGAAAAAGAAGGUGCUUGUCGAGGCAACGGAUGAGAGUAGCAGGGGAACGGAGUCUCUGAGAAAAAGUGCAAAAACGCCAAGUUUUGAGCUGGGGGACCCACAGACUUCAGUUUCGUCCUCAUCGUCGUCACCAGCGCAAUCUCAUGUGCAGUUACCGCCCCUCUCGCCACCCGUAGCAGCUACGCCAGCGACAUCGGUAGCGUCAGGAUCGUCCUUAGUGCCGGGGGCGCCCACAGUAAUGUCAACUACUCAGUCGCCUAUGAGUCAGUUAGUCUCAUGCUCCAUCCAACCUUCACCGCUAGUGGCGAUAGCCAAUACACCAUCUUUUUUCACAGAUUCAAAUUUAGCGUCUAAUUCUAACAGCAGUAGUCGACUAAGAUUAAAUGCGCUGUCAUCAUUACAGAUGAUGACUCCCUUCAACAAUUCCAGCGGAUCAGUAACCCCAACGCGAGCAUCUAUGACGAAUGGGGUCAACCAUGACAUGCCUAAUGGAUCGCAUACAGGGUUGGCAAAACAUUUUGGAUUUAUGGAUACUCCUGAUAAAAUGAGCAGUAAUGUUAUCCUACCAAGGCCCAAGUCGUUAACAGACUUUCAAUCACACCACUAUUCGCAAAACUCCUUCAGUGGAACACAAUCAAGUAAAAAAGUCAUCAAAUCAACGCAGAUUCUCAGAAGACCCAAAUCAGCGCUAUCGUUAAGCAAUUUAUUAAAUUCUAAAAACACUUCAAUGGGAUCAACAAGCAUGAACAACUCGGACUCCGAAUCAGAUUACGCAGAUGAGGACGACGCUUUGAAAGAGCCAUAUAAUGGCGAUGGUUAUGACACUGGUUUCGAACGUGCAAGAAAAAAAUCACGAACAUCAACACCAACCACGAAGAUGAGUAGAAGUACGAGUAAUACGAGCUUGCGCAAAAUGCCCAUGAUGACGAAACCAUGCGAUGAUUCCAUUGGUUUCCGAGAUGAAUUGAGCUCAAAGCUUUUAGCAGUUCAGCGACAGCAAAGAUCAGAAACAAGGAUCCCAACAGAAACGACUCAAGAAACUUCUGAAUCGCCUCCAGAUCAUGAAAACAAGAAUGUUUUACCACCAUUGAGAAGCUUACAACUUCGAUUCCCUAGUGGCUAG